AUGAGUAAAACUUCGAGCAAGUGGUCUGAUCUAGUUCACAAACAUACUCGAUCAUUAUCGCGGACAUUUGAAAGACUUUCAUUUCUACAUCGAGAAGAACCUGAAUCAUCACUCUCAUCGUCUUUACCCGCAAAUUUCGUUAUGCAACAGUGUUUAUCGAAAUGCGAACCAGAUGUAUCUGUAGAUACAUUCAUCUCACCUAAAGCUUUAGAACCUUGUAAAUACUGUUUCGAACAAGUUACAUCGCCGGUAAUCGCCGAUGUUUUCAAUACAACUCGUGAGCGAUUAUGCAGUGACCCCGUCAAUGUACCUAAUCCAUCAAUACAACAAGGACAACAACAAUCACAUUCGACCGGAUAUGGAUCUAUGUUUGGAAACGAACUUUCACCAGCGACUGAUUAUUGGACAAUAGGUAUGAAUGACUCAACACCACAUUCAUCAGUAACACAAGAAGAUGAAGAUCAAUCAAUUUAUGAUGGUAGUUCAAUUACGGAUGGUGGUGACGAAGAAUCCAACGAUGAAGAUGCCAGCGUUGCGACCGACGAUGACGACGACGAUACAUUUGAAGUACUAUCAUUCAAUGCACCACCUGAAAGUACACUUUACAUAAAAGAAUUUCCACAUACAACGUCGGCUAGUCAAAAUCAUGCGUGUGCUUGCUGUAAUGAACUUUUUUCUUCGAUAUCAAAUUUGCCACCACGCCGCUGUUAUUAUUAUGGGAAUCUAUAUUGUUCUCGGUGUCAUAUUGCAGAAUAUGCAUGUAUACCAGCAAAGCUGAUUAAAACAUUCGAUACGCGUCUUUAUCCAGUAUGUCGUCGAGCUAAAUCGAUCCUGCAAGUGAAUAUAUAUCAACCAGUCUUUGAUAUUCAUCAUGAUAAUGAAAGUUUAUAUACAUCUGUGUCAUUAUUAGCGGAUGUAAAAACAAUUCGUAUACAAUUUCAUCAUUAUUAUGCAUACUUAUCGACAUGUCCACGAAUCGAAAAUGAGUUUCAAGAGAAAUUUUUCAAAGAAUUCUAUGCACGAGAUUAUCUUUACCAAAGUGUGCAUCUGUAUUCAGUCGAUGACCUUCUGUCAUUGAAAAAAAUUCUACAUAUUCUAACAAACGCCAGUAUCAAAGCACGGCAACAUAUCAAUCAUUGUGAAAUAUGUCGCGAGAAAGGUUUUACAUGUGAAAUAUGUAAAAACCGAGCUGAUAUACUUUAUCCAUUUGACGAGGCGAAAAACAUCGGUCGAUGUGAUCGAUGCUCGAAUUUAUACCAUCGACAAUGUUGGCAACACAUCGAUCAUGAUUGUCCGAAAUGUUAUCGACUGGUUCAACGACAGUAUUUACAAGAAAUGGUAUAA